AUGAUGAUAAUUAAAUAUAUUACAUUGGCAUUUAUUGUUGUUAUUGGUUUGAUUGCUUCUUCAACUAAUGCAACAUUUUGCCCAGGUCAUUUCACAUUCCCAAUGAAUGUUAAUACAUCAGUUGGACAAGUUUCUGGUACCUAUUUAAAUGAGGCGCGUGCCUUUCUUGGUAUUCCAUAUGCCCAACCACCUGUUGGAGCAUUACGUUUUGCACCACCAGUUGCUGCUACCCCUGUCAGCAAUGGUGUGAAUGCUACUCAAUGGCCAAACGCAUGUAUGCAGUCGGGUGUUACCAACCCAGUAGGAUACACACAAUCAGAGGACUGCUUGUACCUCAAUGUGUUUACUCCACGUUGCAAGAGAUUCACUGGGUUCCCACCCACCACCAAGAUGCCAGUAAUGGUGUUUAUCCACGGUGGUCGUUACUGGACCGGUUACUCGAAGCAAUUCCCAGGCGACCUUUUGGCAUCCGAGAAAAACGCUGUUGUCGUCAGCAUCCAAUACCGUCUCAACAUCUUUGGUUUCCAGUCGUUUGACAGUAACACCAACAAUGGGUUGAGAGAUCAACAGAUGGCUCUCAAGUGGGUCAAGGACAAUAUCGAAGCUUUUGGCGGCGACGCCUCCUCCAUCACCCUCUUUGGAGAGAGUGCUGGUGGUUCGUCGGUGCUCUAUCACCUCUUGAUGCCCGGCUCGUACAAUUUGUAUAACCGCGGUAUCCUCCAGUCGGCCUGGCAGUGGGUUAUCCCCACCUCGCAGACCUCGCGUGUCAACACGGCCACUUGGGCAGCCUCUGCCAAGAUUGGAUGCAACAAUGUGACUGUCGACCCCGUCACCAACAAGACUGUACCCAACUACAUUGCCAUUCUCUCGUGUCUCCGUGCACUUCCAGCCACCAAGAUCAUCCCUACUACCGGUGAAUCCAACUUUAUGCUCCCAAUGGUUGACGGCGACCUCAUCACCACCCUUCCACUAAACUCGUUCAAGUUGGGCAACUACAACAAGCAAGCCAACAUUAUCGUCGGUCACAACUAUGACGAAGGUAACUUUAUGGCAUUUAGCAGACUCGGAUUCAAGACUCCACUCGAUAAUGUCACCGAUGCCACCUACCUCUCUGUUCUCAACCGUACCUUGCUCGUCUACUUGAACCAGUCUUCAACCGACUAUAUCGUCUCGCAGUAUGAACCAGUCCGUCAACAACUUGGUAACUGGUAUGGUGGGGCCGAAUUCUUUGGUGACUAUUACAUCACAUGCGGCUCCAUCUUGGCUGCCGAAUACCUUAACCAACAAGGCGCCUCUUUCAAGGCAUAUAUUUUCAACUACUCCUCACCCAACUACCCAGCCGACGAUUGGUUCCUUGCCGCCUCCCAUGGCAACGAGCUCGACUUUGUUUUCCUUCAACCAAUCUACACACCAUACAAUUUCUCCAUGACUGACGAUAUCAUGGCCGAACGUAUGUCUAGUUCAUGGGUCAACUUUGCCAAAUAUGGUAACUCAUUCUACAGCUAUUGGACAAGCAACUAUCCAUCUGCCUCUUACUUUGGUCCAAACGCAUUUGGUUUCUUUGAUACUGUUCCCUAUUUAAAGAAUAUUUGUUCAAUUUGGAAAUCUUAUUAUGAACUCUACUAA